CAGGUCUCGUGCGAGUUGUCUAUCAGUGGCUCUUGAAACGUGACCGAUUGCGUACAGACAGAAUAGUUGUCGGACAAGCACGGAGCACGGAUUGAUGAUGAUGAUGCUGUCAUACCUGAUAUUAGUUGGUCUGCUGGCUCUGGUUGUUGUUGUCAACGGGAAUGUUUGGCCCACUCGAGAUGCUGAGCGUGCAAUGCAUCCAGUAUUCUCCCUGACCGAUGGUUCACGCCAUAAACGUGCCAUGCCUCUGAUCAACUUUGAUGCCUACAAAACCGAGGAGAACUAUGCCGAGUAUUGGGAGACAAUGGCCCAUCAAACGCUGGAACAGCAGCUUGAGAGCAAAAUGCGUGUAAAUACCCAAAUGGCCAAGAAUGUGAUGCUCUUUUUGGGCGACGGCAUGUCUAUACCGACUAUAACAGCCGGGCGUGUGUAUUUGGGAGGCGAGGAGAAGCAAUUCUCGUUCGAGCAAUUCCCCUAUGUGGGUCUAAGUAAGACCUAUUGUGCAAAUAUGCAGGUGGCGGACUCAGCGUGCACUGCCACUGCCUAUCUCGGCGGCAUUAAGGCUAACUACGGAACUGUAGGAGUCAGUGCGGCUGUUCACAAUAAAGAUUGCCAGGCCCAAGCUGAUCGCUCGCAUCAUGUGGCCUCAAUAGCAGCGUGGGCUCAGCAGCAGGGAAUGGCCACGGGCUUUGUGACUACCACCUCAGUGACACAUGCAUCACCGGCCGGGGUUUAUGCCCAUAUAGCCCAUCGGAAUUGGGAGAACGAUGCAGAAAUUAUAAGCGAUAAUGGUGAUCCGACCAUCUGUCCUGAUAUAGCCUAUCAGCUGAUUCACGGGCAAGUGGGACAAAAGCUAAAUGUGAUAAUGGGUGGAGGACGGGAGAAUUUUUUGCCCCAAAUAACACGAGAUCGGAGUGGAGCACCCGGCAAGCGUGCGGAUGGAAGAAAUCUCAUCGAGGAAUGGCAACGUCAGCAUACCAACAGUGCACACUUUGUGCAGACGAGAAGUGAACUGCUAAAGCUAUCAAAUCGGACCAGCCGAGUAUUGGGCUUAUUCGCCCCCUACCAUAUGCCCUACCAUCUCGAUUCGUUGGAGGCAGAUGCCGAGCAACCCACCUUGGAGGAAAUGGUCCAAAUGGCAAUGAAUAUACUGGAACGUCAGAGUGCUGGCCGUGGUUAUUUUCUCUUUGUUGAGGGCGGACGCAUUGAUCAUGGCCAUCAUGAUACUUUGGCCCUGCGAGCUAUCGACGAGACGGCUGAAUUCGACAAGUCAGUGAAAUGGGCCCGUACGCACAGCAGCACAGAGGACACUUUAAUUGUCGUUACGGCUGAUCAUUCCCAUACCAUGUCUCUGGCUGGCUACUCUAGUCGCAAGAACGAUAUCUUUGGCAUCAACAAUGGCCAAUUGGCAGACGAUGAUCUGCCCUAUGCUACGCUCAGCUAUGCCAAUGGUCCCGGCUAUGCCAGCAACUAUUUGCGUGAGGGAGGAGCCGUAAAACGAAAGAAUCUACGCUCGAUUAACAUGAAGAACAAGGACUUUAUGUUUCCCAGCACAGUGCCCCUGGAGUCGGAGACUCAUGGUGGCGACGAUGUGGCCGUCUUUGCCAGUGGACCGUAUUCUCAGCUGUUUACGGGCGUCUACGAGCAGCAUUUCAUUCCACAUGCAAUGGGCUAUGCCUCGUGUCUCAGCGAUAAGCGGAAUAUGUGCUUAGACAGUGGAGUGACGCGGCGACCGAAAUGAGUUUAUAUUUAAGGGGGAAUACUCUAGGGGUUACAACAUUAGAACAAUUAAUGACAAACAGUAAUUAUGUUGUAUGUAUUAGUACACAAAGUAGGUUAAUUAGCUAUAUAAACUGGCGGACUUUUUAAAAUACACAAGUAUUUAGAACAUUUCCAAAUCAAAAACAAAA